CGAGAAUCUUAACCCACAAAUCAUUUCCCUGAAGCACUUGUGCUUCGCUAGCGCUUUUGCGCAUCCGAUUACCAGUUGUCUGUCGAGCUUCGGCACGACUGAGCUCACCGUUGCCUUCGACUAUAGUAUCAUCGCGACCACUCCUCUUCGAUUUGCCGCUUUUUCGCAGUAGUUUUGAUUGUACGCAGCCAUCAUGGGUGUCCCCAAGUUCUUCAGAUGGAUGUCUGAACGCUAUCCCGCUAUCUCGCAACUAAUCGCAGAUAAUCGCAUUCCCGAGUUCGACUGUCUCUACCUUGACAUGAACGGCAUCAUUCACAACUGCACCCACUCUAACAAUGACUCCGCUACGUAUCGCUUGUCGGAAGACAAAAUGUUCAUUGCCAUAUUCAACUAUAUCGAACAUUUGUUCAGCAAGAUCAAGCCGCAGAAGCUUUUUUUUAUGGCUAUCGACGGUGUCGCCCCGCGCGCCAAAAUGAAUCAGCAGCGUGCUCGCCGCUUCCGUACGGCUUAUGACGCAGAGGUUGCCCGUGAAAAGGCAAUCAAGGAAGGCGUUGAGAUGCCGAAAGAGGAAGCGUUUGACAGCAACUGUAUAACACCUGGCACUGAAUUCAUGGCUCGCUUGACCCGUCAUCUCAAGUAUUUCAUCAACAAGAAAGUCUCUGAGGACGCAGACUGGCAAGGCGUGGAAAUCGUCCUGUCCGGUCACGAGGUCCCAGGCGAGGGUGAGCACAAGAUUAUGGAGUACAUCCGACAGGCGAAAGCUCAACCGGACUACGACCCAAACCGUCGUCACUGUCUGUACGGCCUUGACGCAGAUUUGAUUAUGCUUGGUUUACUAAGUCAUGAUCCUCAUUUUUGUUUGCUUCGUGAGGAGGUCACUUUUGGUCGUCAGUCUCAGUCGAAACCGAAAGAACUGGAGCACCAGAAUUUCUACCUUAUGCACCUUUGUAUGGUCAGAGAAUACCUGGAACUGGAAUUCCAGGAGCUCAAAGGAGCUGAGCUUGGCUUUGAGUAUGAUAUGGAGCGAAUCAUAGAUGACUUCAUCUUAAUGGCGUUCUUCGUGGGUAACGAUUUCUUACCAAAUCUUCCGCAUCUACACAUUAAUGAGGGUGCGUUGGCUCUCAUGUUUGCAACUUACAAGGCGGCUUUGCCGAAGGCGGGAGGUUACAUCAACGAAGGUGGCACUAUUAAUUUGGACCGCUUGGCUCUACUCCUCGACGAACUGUCGCAUGCCGAAUUUCGGUUUUUCGAGGCCGAAAACUCAGAUGCUGCAUGGUUCAAGGGCAAACGAAUGGAGAAAGAGGAUGUCAUGGAGCGGACGAAACGUAAGGGUCAGCUUGUCAUGUCUUCGGAGCAGCGAGACAUCUUCAGAAAUGUGAAAGAGUAUGUCCAGAGCCGGCCUGCGAGCGGAGACGCUACACCCUACGAUCUUCCAAAGACACUUCCAGCGCGUGACCGCAAGUUCGUUGAGGAGCUAGCGACCAGUCUUAAUAUGCAGUGGAAGAGCAUUCAGGACGAAGAGGGUAAUCGGCAUAUGCAGCUUAGCUUUCCUCCAAGCGCAAAUGCUAGUAACGGAGUGGACGACGAUGAGUCGCCAUCGGAGGAUGAUGAAGAGGCUCAAUUAGCGUUGCUUCGAGUCUUGAAGAGAUAUGAGAACGCAAAAAUAGUGGACGUGGACGCAGACGAGGCUCAGGCGCGAAUGGAAAAGAAGUACGAAGAAAAGUUCCAGGCAUGGAAAGACCGAUACUACAGGGAAAAGUUUGGUUGGGGCCUUGAUAAUGAGGAGGAAAUGAAGAAGCUCACCGAAAACUACGUUCAGGGCCUGCAAUGGGUGCUGUUCUACUACUACCGUGGAGUGGUAUCUUGGCCGUGGUACUUCAAGUAUCACUACUCACCGAUGAUUUCAGACGUAAAGAAGGGGCUAAGGGCAGACAUGAAUUUCAAACUCGGUCAACCUUUCCGGCCAUUCCAGCAGCUCAUGGGCGUCUUGCCUGACCGAAGCAAGAAGAUUGUUCCCAAGGCGUAUUGGCCUUUAAUGACUGACCAUAAUUCUCCCAUCAUCGAUUUCUAUCCUCGCGAUUUCGAAUUGGAUAUGAACGGCAAAAAGCAAGACUGGGAGGCUGUUGUUAAGAUUCCGUUUAUUGAUGAAAAGAGGCUUCUUGAAGCAAUGGCUACGAAAGAUGCAGAGCUGACCGAGGAGGAGCAAAGUAGAAACACCUUUGGUGUUACACUUAAAUUCGGAUGGAAUAAGGAUUUGGAUUUUGUCUAUCCAUCGUCUUUGCCAGGGUAUUUUCCCGACCUUGAGCAUUGCCAUUGUGUGGAGAAUAUCUUUGACUUGCCAACCAUGGACGGCUUGGAAUAUCACGUUGGUCUGAUGCCUGGCGCUUUGCUUGGAGCACAAGCUUUGGCUGGAUUUCCCAGCUUGAAGACGCUCCCUUUCACUGCGCGUCUAGACUUCCAUCAGGUCAACGUCUUCCAACAAGACUCGAAAAAUGAAAGUAUGGUCGUGGAGUUAACCGAUGCGUCUACCCGAGCAGGAGUGGAUGUUGCAAAGAAAAAACUGGGAAAACCUGUUUUCGUGGGAUAUCCGUUCUUACAAGAAGCCAAAGUUGUGCGUGUCUCGGACGAGCUCUUCGACUAUGCUCUCGCUACGGAUGGUUCGGGCAGGAUAGACCAGUUUCCGCACGAUCCGAAACGCAUCGAGGAAUGGAGGCGUAAAGCCGACUCGAUAGAAACAAGAUACAGCAAAAAGCUUGGCAUGAUCAUCGACGAGGUUCAGUCCAUUUGCCAUGUUGAAAUGCUCAAAGGCUUACAAAAGCUCAAUGACGGGUCUACUGUGAAGGAAUACGGAGAGAUCAAGGGCACGGAGACGGAUUAUGCGACGCAGGUUUUGGUUGAUGAGGUGCACAGUCAAGACCAGCGAUUCAUUGAAAAGGCUGCUGUGCCCAUUGAAGAAGAAUUUCCUCUGGGCACAAAAGCAUUCUUCCUCGGUGAAGCUGCGUACGGACGUCCUUUGGAAGUCACCGCACACGUCAAUGGCAAGCUGAACGUCUGGGUGUCAUUGCUUGCAAAGCGAGAGCCUGAGUUCGGCCGUCAGGCCAUCAUGCUCUCUGAGAGUACUGUCCAGUACAUGCCUUCCUUUGCGGUCGCUAAACAACUUGGAAUUAAUCCUUUGGCGUUGAGCAAGAUCACUUCUUCACUUACAGUCGAGUCCAGUGGUCUGAAACUUAAUUUGGGAUUAAACCUAAAGUUUGACCGGAAGCAGCUCAAGGUCUUGGGCUAUUCUCGCAAAGGGGCCACCGGCUGGGAGUACAGUCGCAAGGCUGUGGAUCUAAUCGUUCAAUACAUGACCAAAUUCCCAGAGUUCAUUGCUGGAAUCAGCUUGAAUCCAAAGGGAGACAUCUACAAUGAUACAGAUUUUUAUCCCAAGGACAUUGCGAAAGCUAAGAUGAAGGAAAUUGGCCAGUGGCUAAAGUCCGUGGAGUCAAAAUCCUUUGAGAAAGUACCGCUGGAAGCCGAUCAGCUCGAUUCUGAUACCGUGGCCAAGAUUGAAGAGCUCGCCGACCGCAAUCUAGCUGAGAUCAAGCCCGUGCCAAAAAUGUUCAAGAAUGUUCCUCGCCAUGCUUUACUGAACCCUGUGGAUGCUGAGCACCAUAUUGGUACGCAAAGAUUCAGUCUCGGUGACCGCGUUGUAUAUGUGCUCGGUACUGGACGGGUACCCAUCGCAUCACGCGGUACUGUUAUUGGCAUGACGCGUACGUCAAGACAGACUCUACUUGAUAUCGUGUUCGAUACCGGAUUCAUGUCUGGCACCUCACUAGGAGAGCGCUGCAGGCCCUUUCACGGUUCGACUGUGCCAAGCAAUUCAGUCUUGAACAUAACAGAUCGACAGCGCAUGGUCGUCACCCAGGCUUCACGACAGCAGAAUACGGCUCCAGUCACACGACCUCUUGGUGCCUCAGGAUCACGCGGUUACGGGAUGCCAGGUCAAGGUCAAUUACAUCCAGCCAAAGCACCUGCACCACUCACUGGUUCAUAUCGUGGCGCCGUCUCCGGUCAACCCCAGAAUAGCAUUGGCUCGCAACAUGGUCAGCUCCCAAUUCGGACUGGCCCUUCGCCUGGCGGACGGGCAGGCUAUGCAAAUAUAGCUAACGGACAUGGAAGCUCAUCUUCUGUUAGAGGCCGCGGACGAGGAGGCAGCUCGACUGGAGGCGUGCCUCCGCAAUCGACUGGCAACAAAGAAAAUGCGAACGGUACAGUGAGAGGUGGACGUGGCCGUGGUGGCAUCGCAACUGGAGGCGUUGUGCGUCAACAAUGCACGGCUUGCGGCAAGCCUGGUCAUACUGAAGCACAAUGCUGGCAUGCCCAUCCUGAGUUGAAACAAGGUGGAAGUGUGAACAAACAAGGCUUCACGGUGGUUGACAAUGUCAACCCUAACGAGGGAGUUCGUGAGAACCACAAAUUCAAGCCACGAUCGUAUCACAACGUCCCCCCACCGCCCUCUCUGGAUGCAAAGUCCAGUCGUGGAGGACGCGGCGGAGGACGCGGUGGAGGACGCGGUGGAAGGGGAAGGGGGAGAGGCGGAGUCUCAUAAGCUGUGUAGAUAAAAAAUGUGUACACAGAAUUCCUACUCGGACAAAGAAUAUCUUUCCACGGAAAUAUAAUAUGCCAUCUGACAGCUAUCAUUCUUCAAAA